AUGUAUGCACGCGGGCUUGUAUUUGUGCACAGCGAGGGCUCUGUUCUGGAGCGCCUAGAAGAGCGCCUCAAGGCUCCUUCUGAAUGUUGUCUGACAAUGAUUUCUAAUAUUGGGAAGCUGAAAGAUUUUCUUCUGCAACACAGAAAAGAUUACAUUAAUGCUUACAGCCAUAUUAUGUCUGAAUACGUAAGGAUGACGGAUACAGAGCGUGAUCAGAUUGAUCAAGAUGCUCAGAUAUUUAUGAGGACGUGUGCAGAUGCCAUUCAUCAGCUGAGAACAGAAGCACACAAGGAUGUCCAGUCUGCUCAGGUGAAGGAGCACAGAACAGCUGUCUUGGACUUCAUUGAAGAUUAUUUAAAAAGAGUGUGUAAGCUGUACUCUGAACAAAGAGCCAUCCGAGUUAAGCGAGUAAUAGACAAGAAGAGACUGUCCAGACUUGAACCUGAGCAGAGCAACGUGUCCAAAUCGCCUCUUUCCCCUGAAAAACUUUCACAGAAUUCUUUAGAUGAUUCUGAAGAAAAGCUUUCUGCUGAGGAAAGCAACGACAGGAAUUUGCCUGAUGCCCAUGCUAACCUUGGAUCGUGGGGGGAUGGCAAAGGUGAAGAUGAGCUGUCACCUGAGGAAAUACAAAUGUUUGAACAGGAGAACCAGAGACUUGUUGGUGAAAUGAAUAAUCUGUUUGAUGAAGUCAGACAAAUUGAAGGAAAAGUGGUAGAAAUCUCCAGAUUACAAGAGAUAUUCACUGAAAAAGUCCUGCAACAGGAAACUGACAUUGACAAUAUCCAUCAAUUAGUUGUGGGCGCAACAGAGAAUAUCAAAGAAGGCAACGAAGACAUAAGAGAGGCAAUCAAAAACAAUGCUGGAUUUAGAGUAUGGAUCCUCUUCUUUCUUGUGAUGUGUUCCUUUUCCUUGCUUUUCCUGGACUGGUACGAUAACUAAUUAAAAACAUAAUAAUAUCUACCUACAUGCUUUGUUUUUAAAACUUCUGACAUUUUCUCUGUGGAGUGGGAUAGGCCUACCUGCAUACUUUAUGCCUUUUUUUCAUACUGCUGUGAUGGAGUAUUUUCCAACAAAUAAGUAUUUGUAUAUAGCCAUUAAUGCAGGGAGAGCUGACAGCAUUUAUUUUGCGUAAGUUAGUCCUUUAUCAAAUUGAAAGCCAAACUUAACUUAAUCCUGCAAAGAACAUAGAACCCUUUCAGUCAUCUGGUAAGAAAGCUUAUAAGCUGUAGCAUAGCUGACAGGAGGAAAAAAAAAAAAAAAAA